AGUGUUGGGCGUGUGGGGGAUGGUGGUUUCGGUUGGCGAUGGCUGUUGUUGAUGGGCGUGGCGGGUAGUGUUGACUAGAUGUAGCAGGUGAAUGCUGUCCAUGUUUUAAAAGGCUUGAAGAGAUGUGUGAAAGCAUUGUUCUUCUGCGUCGGGGAAAACCGAUCGCUCCAUAGAACGCCCCCAGCUAAUCUCUGCGCCGAAAUCGUCGUUUCAUCUUGGAACAUGACAGAGGUGUGUGUUGAUGCUCCAGAAGGGGUACUUUCUCCACACCAAGCAUUUACGUUGCCUCGCUACAACAUGAGUGAUGUGUUGCAACACAUGAACAACAGAGAGGGCCAGAAGAGUGCUACAUUGGCCAAGAUGGAGGGUAAUGCUGAUUUCAAGCAGGAUGUAACCAAGCUCCGCAGGAGACCAUCAAUGAGAGGCUUCAGUAACUUCAUUGACCGGGUGGUGAGAACUGUGACCACCCUUCCCAGGGACAAAAACUCAAGAAAGUAUGAGAGCUCAAGGGUGGAUGAAGGAUGUGAAUAUGUACAGUAUGGGUCAGAAGAAGUUCCUGGGGUGGUUGGCCUCAACAACCAUGGUAACACCUGCUUCAUCAAUGCUGUCCUGCAGUGUCUUAGCAACACAGAUGUCCUGGCAGAGUACUUUGUGACUGGUCAGUACCGGGCAGAUCUGUGCAGAAGAACCCGAGCAAAUGCCAAGAGAUUUGGCACCAAGGGAGAAGUCACGGAACAGCUGGCACUUACUCUGAAGUCCAUAUGGUCCAGGCAGUACAGUUCCGAAGUGUCAUCACAGUUCAAGACAUAUGUGGAAAAGUAUGGCAGCCACUUCCGUGGAAAUGACCAGCAUGAUGCUCAAGAGUUCCUCAUGUGGCUUCUGGACAAGGUCCAUGAGGAUUUGAACACGGCGACCAAGCGAAAAUAUAGGAAGAUAAAGGGUUCCCUGGGGCGGCCAGAUGAGGUGGUCGCAGCAGAAACCCUUGCCAAUCACCUGAGAUGCAAUGCCAGCUUUGUCCAGGACAUCUUCCAGGCGCAGUUCAGGUCGUCGCUGCGCUGCCCCAACUGUCGGAAGGAGAGCAACACGUUCGACCCGUUCCUCUGCGUGAGCGUGCCCAUCCUGCAGCGACAGUUGCGGCCGCUCAUCGUCACCCUGGUCUACGCCAAUCAACAGCCGCGGCAGGUGCGGAUGGGGUUCAGCGUGGAGAGCGGCUCAUCGGUGGCCGACUUCAAGGCGGUGAUCGCGGCCGACACGGGCCUGGAGCCGGGCCGGCUGCUGCUCUGCCAGCUCGACGACGCCGGCUUCACCCAGACGCUGCACGACGCCGACGCCGUGUGGACGAUCGGUGACACCGAGAGGCUAUACUGCAUCGAGCUGCCGCCAGAUGGCGAGGCGUGCGAGGAGGACGCGCUGGUGACGCUCGUCUGGACCAACCUGCGCCUCUCCGACUCGGGGGUGCCGCACAGGUUCGGCUCGCCGUACGUGAUGCAGGUCAGCCGGGACGUGCUCUACGAGGACAUGCAGAAGCUGAUGCUGAAGGAGAUGGCCGCCAGCGUCAAGCCGGACGUGCUCGCCUUGGCGCAGGAGGUGCCGCUGUUCACGGUGCGCGUGGUGGACGGCGUGCCGGUGGACCACACGGUGCAGCACCCGCUCUUCACCGAGCCGGUGGAGGAGGCGCUGUCGGCCAGCGUCGGGCCGCCGCACGUGACGCUCCUGCUGGAGUGGGAGCAGGACGCCAUCGACAGUGUGCUGGCCUCGACGGAGGACUACGUGGAGGAGCAUCGGACGGUGCGCGAGGUGGCGCGCCACUCACUCAGCCCGGUCACCCUGCAGGAGUGCCUCCAGCUGUACACCAAGUCGGAGCGGCUGGGUCCCGAGGACAGCUGGCGGUGUCCCGGCUGCGAGUCCAGCCAGCAGGCCGAGAAGCGGCUCAGUCUCUGGUCCAUCCCCGACAUCCUGGUCAUCCACCUGAAGCGCUUCAGACAGACGAACAACCAGCGGAGCACAUCGAAGCUGACGACGCUGGUGGACUUCCCGCUGCACGGGCUGGACAUGGGCCAGCACCUGGCGACGCGGCCGGGCGCCGCCGGCGGCGAGGCGGCCACGUCCGGCCUGGGCCUCCUCAGCGCCUGGUCGCCGUGGAAGCGGCACCAGCGGCCGGCCGGCGCCGCUGGCCGCGCCGGCGGCGUCUAUGAGCUCUACGGCGUCUGCAACCACCACGGCAAGGACCUGCAGAGCGGCCACUACACCGCACUCUGCCGCAACGCCACCGACGGCAACUGGUACAGCUACGACGACGCGCGCGUGCAGCGGCUGGAGGAGGGCGGCGUGGUCACCCCGGACGCCUACAUCCUCUUCUACCAGCGCCAGACGCUGCGUACCUGCGCCACCGAGGUGGCCGCGGGAGGCGCCGCCCGUCACUGGGCCUACCGGAUACCGGCGCGGCCGGCGAGUGGCGCUCGCGGUGAAGCCCCCGCCGACCCUGCCUCCACCGCCGCCGUCGCCGCGGGGGACGCCACCGGCGCCAAGCCGGAGGCGGCAGGCGGGCCGGAGCAGGGCUCACCGACCCACCUGAGCCGCGGCGGUGACGACGAGGCGCCGCUGGCCAGUGAGGAGAUGGUGGAGCUGGAGGGCUCGGCCACGCCGCUGGUGCGGCCUCGGCGUCCGUCGGCCGGCUCGGUGCCGUCGGCCGGCCGGCUGACCAACGGCCGGGCGGCGUCACGUGGCCCCUCCCCGGCGCUGACUGACGCCGACGAGCGCAUGCCCAGCCGGCCUCAGGUAAUCGUGAUUGGGAAGAACGCCGGCUCCGCUGUCACCAAUGGCGACGGCGUGUUCGGCGACCGCAUCCAGAUAUUCGUCCGCCAACCGGACGCCGACGCCGCCGACGCGCCUGGCGGUAACAGCGCCAAGCCCAAAUGGCGUUGA